AUGGCAGAUGUGGAAAGUAGGAUGUGGACGGAGGCACAACUAACCGUAAAGGACCCUAAUUCCUAUACUGGGAAUGUACAUCAAUAUGUGUCUCUAGCCCUGGAAGAGUCUAGAGUUUGUUAUAUUGAUGGCGCUUGGAAAGAAGAUGAUAAGUUCACAGGACAAGGGUGGUUUUGUAGAAAGAGUGGAUCAACAGAGGUCAUGAUGAGGGCGAUGAAUCUUUGUAGAAGUUUGUCACCUCUCCAUGCUGAAUGUGAAGCACUAAUUUGGGCAAUGGAAUGCAUGAAGACCCUCACUUAUUCUGACGUAGUUUUUGCGACGGAUUGUUCUCAGCUGGUGAAGAUGGUGUCGACACUUGAAGAAUGGUCUGCCUUUUCUACACACAUGGAAGAAUUCAACCGAAGUAAGACGUUCUUCUCCCACUUCCGGAUCAGACAUAUUCUUAGAGCACAAAAUACCUUGGCGGACAAGCUUGCACGUGGUGCGAGGAGUUCUCCUUCAGCUUUGCUUUAUGUCGAUUCAACUCCACCGGUUUGGCUUGCUAGAUCGGUUGGAGAUUCUAGUUAG